AUGGAGAGCCCUCAAUUAUCUCAACCAUCUUCCGUACCUAUCGAUGCCGAUACUGAUGCUCUCAUAUCCCGCCAUUUAUUAAGAUAUAUUAUGGCCUCAGAAGGCAUUUGCCAUGAAAAUAUGCUACUGCUUGCGCUAUACGCAUUGAACUUAGACUAUUCAGGAGAUUGCCAACAAGAAGUACUUGCAAGACAAUUACAACUUUUAACUAACAAUAUCAAUCUCAAAUUAAAUCCACUUGGCUAUAAAAUUAUUCAAAUAAAUCACCCACUUGGAAAAGAAGCGGUGAAUGCCAGCAUUAAGAACUCAAUUUUGAAACUCACAUCUAAAUACAACAUUAGCUUUCGAUCAAGUAGUAAGUUUUAUGUGUAUGUUAAUACAGUUGAUAAGGGUGUUGCACAAUUGGCCACUAGAUUCACAGCAAAGGAAAUUUCCUACAUUCGUUGGUGUUUAGAGAUGUUUUGUAACGAAGGAAAUAAAAUUAAUGAAGUAGGCCAUAUAAGUAAUGAUCAUGCAGUUGUUAAAAUGAUUAAUGAAGUCGUUCUGGAUAAUAAUUGGAAUAGAAUUAUAUCAUAUAGGUGUGGCUCAACUGAAUUAACAAGACAGGAAUCAAGAAAGAAUGAAUUAGAAAAUAAUCCAUCUAACAUUUUAACAGCAAGUGAAUCAGAGAAAGUUCUUACACAAAUGUGCUCAUAUAAAUGGUUCUAUAGAACUUCAACCGGUAAAAUUGGUAUGGCAUUACGUUGUUUUGCUGAGAUCCAGGAUUACUUAAAGAAUAUAUUUGGGCUGCCGUGCUGUACUACAUGUAGCCAAGUAGCGCUACAAGGUGUUAUGUGUGGAUCUGAUUAUUGCAUAACCCAACAAGAGAAUCGUACUGUUUGGCAUCCAGAUUGUUUCCGUCAUCAAUAUAUCCACGUUAACCAGAACUGUCCUAACUGCAAUCAAAGUUUACAUGAAAAUGGGAUAUAUAUACUGUAG